AGAAGAAGAAGAAGAAGAACCUGAGCGGCCGCCAUUACGAGAAGGAGAUGCAGGAAGGAGACGCGAGGGUGAAAAAACGUGGCGUCUCCUCCAUCCGUGACGCCAAGUACAGGGAGAAGCUGAGGAAAUCGGUGAACCUCCUUGAGUCUGUCCUGCCGCCGCCCAGGAAGCACCGGACGCGUCAGAAGGUGUACGAGGACGCCCUGGAGCUGACGGCCGUGCUGCAGGAGAGUCUCUUCCACCUGGUGAACCAACUGCGCAUCCAAAACCAGGAGAACAUCAGCAACUUUAAAACCUUCACCCCAAGCUACGUGCAGGCCUCCUUCACCAGCCUGGCGCAGACACUGGAGGGGGACAUGGAGAAUGGCCCCCAAAUGAAUGGCCAGCUGAUGGAGAAGGUGACGGACAUGGCCGAGGACUUCUUUACCGGUCUGCUGAGGAAGUGUAAGCACCAGGCGCUGGGGGACGGGACGCAGCGGUGCAGCGAUGAGACGUUGCUUGGUGUUCCCUCCAGCAGCAGCAGCAGCAGCAGUGGCAGUGGUGGCAGUGUCCAGUCACCAACCCCGAGAGGCGAUCACCACGACGCGCUGCUGCAGUGGAGGACGCACAUUCCAGCUUACAUGGAGCUUGAUGAUGUUACUGAGCAAGGCCUGUCCACACCCACCACCACCACCACCACCACCACUCCCUUGCAGAGGUCAUUCUCCCUGCCUAAGGGGAAGGAGUCGGCAGCGGUGGAGAAGAGCGUAGGAAGCGCAAGAAGGGGCCGGAAGCACUGCUGUCCCCCGGCCCACACCCCCACCACCACCACGGACUCAGCUUUAUCGCCAAACCAGAAGCUGAGAAGACUCCACUCACCUAAGAGCAAGAAGCAGCUGUUCAUGGAUAAGAGAAGACAGGCACCUCAUGGAAGUCCUCCUCCUCAGGCUCCAUGCGGUACUUAUGACUCUGACAAUCACCAUGCCUCGCUGUUUUCAUCCUCAUCAUUGUCAGAGGGUAGUGGUGGUGAUGGUGGUAGGGGCGAGGGUGGUGGUGGGGCUAGUCUGCAGAUCAGGCCACAAAACAAAGUCCGCACAGUCAGGGUCAGUACAUACAAGAAAGGGAAGUUGCCGGAGAUUGCCACGGACUUACCAAACUUACCAAACACUACUAACUCAGCUUUACCACCACCACCACCACCACCACUACUACUUACAAGGAUCCACAGCUGCUCCUCACACAAGACAUGCAAAGUGGGAACCAGGGAUGAGGAUUUGAAGGAUAUGCAGUCAUCAGAUUCCCUCCCAGAUGAAGUAGCAAUAGACAUCACAGCUGUUCCCUCCACUUCAACAAUGCACAGUACCUCCUCAGAAGAGACACAAGGAAUUAAAGAUAAGGGAAAGAAUAAGGUGAAGUCCGAUUCCUUGAUAGCCAAAAUAAUAAGAGAUGAAACACAUGAUCACGGUGGAAUUUCCUCUCUCAGUGGUGAAAAACAGCAUCCAUAUCACAGUAUCUCCUUACAAGAGACACUUAAUAAAGGAGUUAUUGAUAAGGGAAAGAAUAAUAUGAAGUCCGGUUCCUUGAUAGCCAAAAUAAUAAGGGAUGAAACACAUGAUCACGGUGGAAUUUCCUCUCUCAGUGGUGAAAAACAGCAUCCAUAUCACAGUGGCCUCCCGCAGGAGACUCAGAGCAAGGAAGUGAUAGAUAAAGGAAGGAAUAGUGUAAAAUCAGGCUCCAUAAUAUCUGAAGUAAUAAGGAACGACACACAUGCUCAGGGAGGAAACUUCUGCUCUCCCAACGGUGAAAAACGGCAUCCAUAUCAUAGUGGCUCCUCGCAAGAGACACAGAGCAAAGAAAUGAUAGUUAAAGGAAAGAAUAGUGUAAAAUCAGGCUCCAUAAUAUCUGAAGUAAUAAGGAACGACACACAUGCUCAGGGUGGAAACUUCUGCUCUCCCGACAGUGAAAAAUUUCAUGCAUGUAGCGAUGUUGGCAGUUCGGACGUCAAUGUACGGAACACUGUAUCCUGGCCUCUGCAGCAAAAUAGUCUCAGAAAGUUUAGGCUGCACAAGAGAGGAGAAUUAGUGAAGGUAUGUAAGUCCGAGCAUUCCCCUUCAUCCUCUCUCUCUGUAGUAAAGCCUUUGGACAUACUGAAGGAGUGUAGCCAACGAGUGCAUGCAGCAGAUAAAGAACAGGCACUUAAUAGGCACUGCUUUCAUUUGUAUUACAGGAAAUUAAUACAAAACGCACCUGAGAGUGAUAACGGAGAGUCGCUGGGAGAUGAUACACAGCAGGAGGCUCGUAAUGGAAGCUGCAGUAAUUGGAUUGAUGAGAAAUUAUCCCCAGCCACAGAGGACAUGGAUACAGAAGACACGUAUUCAACCACUGAAGAAGAUGAUUUUGAAGACGUGUAUGUGACAACUGACGAUGAAGACGACCACGAUGAUGAACUCGGUGGCAGCUGCAGUAAUUUUCAUGAUGGGAAAUUUAGACAAAACAUAAAGAAAAAGGACACCAGAGUUAUACGUGCAACUGAUGGUGAACAAGAGGCACUAAAUGGAAGCCGCAGUGAUAUGCAUGAUGAAAAAUUAGAAUCAAGUCUUUCAUUAAGGGAAAAUUUGAUGGUCCAGGAAUUGGCCCCUAAAGAUGAGCCACUUCGAGCCUCGCACCGCUCACCAAACAGUCACUCCCCUACUGAAGAGAAUGAACAGAGGAACCCGUUUGCCGUUAAGAGAGGCUUGAUAAAGGUGAACAAUGCAGCAAGUCAGGAAUCGGCCCCUAAAGAUGAGCCACUUCAAGCCUCGCACCGCUCACCAAACAGUCACUCCCCUACUGAAGAGAAUGAACAGAGGAACCUGUUUGCCAUUAAGAGAGGCUUGAUAAAAAUGAGCAAUGCAGCAAGUCAGGAAUCGGACCCUAAAGAUGAGCCACUUCGAGCCUCGCACCGCUCACCAAACAGUCACUCCCCUACUGAAGAGAAUGAACAGAGGAACCCAUUUGCCGUUAAGAGAGGCUUGAUAAAAAUGAACAAUACAGCAAGUCAGGAAUCGGCCUCUAAAGAUGAGCCACUUCAAGCCUCGCACCACUCACCAAACAGUCACUCCCCUACUGAAGAGAAUGAACAGAGGAACCCAUUUGCCGUUAAGAGAGGCUUGAUAAAAAUGAACAAUGCAGCAAGUCAGGAAUCGGCCCCUAAAGAUGAGCCACUUCGAGCCUCGCACCGCUCACCAAACAGUUUCUCCCCUACUGAAGAGAAUGAACAGAGGAACCCAUUUGCCGUUAAGAGAGGCUUGAUAAAGAUGAACAAUGCGGCAAGUCAUGGAAAUCCCUCUCUAGACCAGUGGAAGGUGCUGAUUCAUCAUCUCAGCACCUCUCACCAGCCCUCAAAGAACCCCAGCAGCACCUCAGAGUAUCCAAAAAAGCUAAAUUGUCACCCCAGUACCUCAUAUCAGCACUCAGGGACCAACAGCACUGCGGACUAUCCAAAAAAGAUAAACUGUCACCCUAGCACCUCAUAUCAGCACUCGGAGAACAGCAACAGCACCUCGGACCUCCCCCAAAAGCUAAACUGUCAACCCAGCACCUCUUCUCAGCACUCAACCAUUGUCAGUAGCUCCAAGAAAAGCACCAGCACUUCAUACCAUUUAAAGGUGCAAAACGGUCACCCCAGCACCUCAUAUCAGCACUCACCACUUGUUAAGGACUCGGAGAAAAGCACCAGCACUUCAUACCACUUAAAGGUGCAAAAUCACUAUUCCAACACCUCUCACCAACACCAGGACUCAAAUACCAGCACCACCUCGAAGUCAGCCAGUCCCGGGUUAGCAAGAGCAAGGGAACCCAACCCCAUAUCAACCCUAGCCAACUCCUUCUGGUCCAUCGUCACGCCCAAGGAGAGACACAAGCUGAGUCUUCGAGGUGCCCCCAGGAAGCCCUACAAGCCCACCAUGAGGCCCAGCACUCUGCAUUGUAGGAGGAACCUGGCUAAGGAAUUCACUGACGGGACUAAGUUGGAUGCGACUGUGCUUCCAUACUCUCCUCCUUUCUCCCCAUUCAGCAAGGACGACUUCCUAAUCUUGGAGUGAACGCUACGCAGUACAAGUCACCAUUCACGGAGACAAGGCAGGAAUGUUCAGGUAGCAGUUACUUUUAUUUUAGUCCUGGAAAGUGUACUAACAAGGGCAGCAUGUAGCAUGGACUAGCACCUACACCUUUACUUAUCACUUAGGUCCUUAUUUUUAAACGUUUUGGGCUCCCACAGUGACUUAACCAAGGCCACAGAGAAGACUAACUGGGUUUUCAUGUUUUUUUUUUCCUGUUUCAAGAUGCAAGUCAUGUAAAACUCUCACUAGGAUCACAAAACAGUCCACGUAAAGCCCACCAACUUCUAUGAGAGGCUUUUCAAACAGGCAAACAGAGGUGCUGAAAUGUUUAAAAAUAUGGGCUUUAGAAUCAUGAGGUACCAAACGGAAUCAUUAUUGAAUGAUAACAUCACAGCACAGUAUGUAUAACUUCAGCACUUGGCUCCCUUCACAGCUGCCUCCCUUCAAAGAAUCCUGCAUUAGUUCUAUAAUUUAUAUUUUAGAAUUUACUGUGAUUGCAUUGGUUUAUCAGUUUGAAAUUGGGUCAGGCCUUGUAUCUGGAUGUUUUGAAUUUUGAGUUUCAUCAUUCUUUUAUGGUUGAAAAUGUUUAGUUUAAAAUUGGGUCAGGUCAUGCAUCUGGGUCUCUUGAAUUUUGAGUUUCUCACUCGUUUAGUUAAAAUUGAUUGUUCCCUGCUCAGGGCCGCACAAAACAGCAUUUCUUUAACAAUUAGUGGAUGGAUAUGGAAUUAAUGUUAGCCACAAUAUCAGUUCAGUGUUUUAUUGCUCAAAUAUCUUGCGAGUUCUUAUUUACAUGUCACUUCAUGCUGUGAACUCAGGAGGUGCACAGUUGUUUUGUUCUUGUACCAGCGAAUGGAUAUGUUGUUUUGUGCUGGCAACUCUAUGUUUUGGCUGUUGCAGCUUUCUUGUUUUGUUGUGGGUGGUAAAAAAUAGGAAUAUGAUUAUGACCUUAAGGAGUAUUUUGGAUCUCAUU